CCCCACCCCCUCCGCCCCGCUUGGAGACGGACCGCAGGCACCGGAGCCGUCCAAUGUAACAUGGAAACAUGUAGUUAGCUCGCGCAAUUUCGACAUCUUUUGAAGCCAAGGAGGUUCCGCCGCUACGUGGAACGUGAAGCAGCGAUGGGCGGCCGCGACGACGUGAUGCCGUACGUGGCCAACAAGCAGCACGACGAGGAGCUGAAGAAGAACAAGCUGAACGACCGGUGCGAGCACGAGUCGACGGGCAACAACGCCAAGUGGCGCAAGGAGGGCCAGAACCAGCUGCGCAAGGUGAGCGAGAACCAGCAGGAGCAGGACCACAACUGCAACAUCAGUCACAAUGGCAACCUGGACGGGGAGCGCGAGGAGUCCCCGAAAGUAGCCGCCCGGGAGGAGGCCAACAACAUCCUCAAUGAACCGCUCCUCAUCCACACCAUGGAGGACGACGAGGAGAAGGAGAGGAACGAAGAGGACAAAGGGGAGAAGUCGGAGGAUGAGACUCCGGAUCAAGAGGAGGCCCCGAGAGGAGGAGCAAGAGAGGGAGGCGCCCCCGGCAGGAACGCGUGCCUCCUGUUCGCCAACGUCAACGGGGCGCCGAGCGACGACGAGGCCAAUUGGCCCGCCGCCGCUCAGGACAACGCUCCCGACGCGUCUUCGCCCAACGGCAACAGAGACUCCUUCUGGGACUCCAGCGCCUUCGAGACGGACACGGACCUGCCGGCCGGCUGGAUGCGGGUGCGCGACACGUCGGGCACCUACUACUGGCACAUCCCCACCGGCACCACCCAGUGGGAGCCCCCCUCGCCUCUGGGGAAGGUGGACGACUCCGUGCUGUCCUCCACCAUGUCGCUGGAGACCACGCCGUGCGAGGAGCCCGAGGAAUCCUGGGCUCAGUUUUGCAGCACAGACGAAGGCGGCGUUGACGGAGAGCUGUGGAAGGAGGAAGCAGAAGUUGCGUCCGACCAAAGCCUGCGAGAGUUCGAGGGGGCGACUCUGCGCUAUGCUUCCAUCAACCUCAACUACAACUGCUCCCAGUCUGAAGAUGACGAGAAGCUGGUUCCACUCUGCACAGAUUUAGAGAGCAAGUGCUUCGCUGUGCGUUCCUUGGGCUGGGUGGAGAUGUCUGAGGAAGACAUGGCGCCGGGCAAGAGCAGCGUGGCGGUCAACAACUGCAUCCGACAGCUGUCCUACCACAAGCACAACCUGCACGACACCGCCGGGAUCUGGGGAGAGGGCAAAGACAUGCUGAUGGUGCUGGAGAACGACACCAUGAACCUGAUCGAUCCGCUGGGACAGACGCUGCUUCACACGCAGCCCAUCGGCAGCAUCCGCGUUUGGGGCGUCGGCAGAGACAACGGCAGGGAUUUCGCCUACGUGGCUCGGGACAACCUGACGCAGGUCCUGAAGUGUCACGUGUUUCGUUGCGACUCUCCCGCCAAGAACAUCGCCACCACUUUGCACGAGAUGUGCUCCAAGAUAAUGAUGGAAAGGAAGGCGUCCAAGCCGGGCGUGAGUCGGCUCAGCUCGGACACUGGAAAACCUUUGUCUGUGCAGGAGUUUCCAUCUCCCAAAAAUGAACUUUUCCAGCGCUUCCACGUGUAUUACCUUGGUUGUGAGCCUGUGCUAAAGCCCGUGGGUAUGGACGUGAUUAACGACGCUCUGGCGGCAGCCGUGGAGGGCACGGACAAGAGCGACUGGAUGCCAGUGUCUGUCAACGUGGCGCCCGCCACGCUCACCAUACUCGCAAAACAGACGGAAGAGGUGCUGUCGGAGUGCCGGGUGCGCUUCCUUUCCUUCAUGGGCGUGGGCAGGGACGUGCGCACCUUCGCCUUCAUCAUGGCCGACGGCCCGCGAGACUUCAACUGCCACAAGUUCUGGUGCGAGCCCAAUGCCGCCAGCCUCAGCGAGGCCGUGCAGGCCGCCUGCAUGCUACGGUACCAGAAGUGUCUGGACGCCCGCCAGCCCAGCCUGGCCUCCUGCUUGCCCACCCCGCCCGCCGACUCUGUGGCCCGACGUGUCAAGAAGGGUGUGCAGAGUCUGCUGGGCAGCUUGAAGAGCUACAGGUCCGGCUCCCAGUCGCCUUGAGCCGCCCCACCAGGAAGGUCCAGUCACGUCGUCUCCACGUCACCUUCUUUUCCGUCACACUUAGACACUCGUCAUGUUGUGCUGUGGAAUAGCUC